AUGAAGCUCCUCUCCGGGGGUCUUUUCUGCUCCUGUCACCGCCGUCCAGCCGCAGACGGGACAGACCGACAGAGAGAGGGACAUGGAGGACGCCGCAGCCGCUUAGCAGCAGCGGGGGAAGGAGGAGGACGGGACACCGCGCUGCACCUGCCGAGGACCCGAAGCAGCAGCAGGAGGAGGAGGAGGAGGAGAGGAGGAACCAGCCGCUGCUUCUCCAACUUUUUUCCAACUUGUCUGCGGAGUUUCGACCGCGUGAAAAACGGAAGCAUGCGCCAGUCAAGUUUCCUCUCGUGCGCAGAGGUACUGUGAAGAGUUGGACCACUUUGGAGAAAGUUUGCAAUAAGUGAGGCGAGUCUUUCUUCUCUGUGGACUGAGACUGAACUGAUCCCGACCCGGCUCGGUCCGGCCCGGUUCAACUGAAUAAUGCCUCGCCCGGGGAGGAACACGUACAGCGACCAGAAGCCUCCGUACUCCUACAUCUCCCUCACGGCCAUGGCCAUCCAGAGCUGCCCGGAGAAGAUGCUCCCCCUCAGCGAGAUUUACAAGUUCAUCAUGGACCGGUUCCCGUACUACCGGGAGAACACGCAGCGUUGGCAGAACUCCCUGCGGCACAACCUGUCUUUCAACGACUGCUUCAUCAAGAUCCCGCGUAGACCGGAUCAGCCCGGUAAGGGCAGCUUCUGGGCUCUGCAUCCCAACUGCGGCGACAUGUUCGAGAACGGGAGUUUUCUUCGGCGCAGGAAGCGCUUCAAGGUGGGCAGCAUGCAGGCCACGGACCCGCUGGCUCCCAGCAAGCCGCAGGACGCCGCCCACUACCUGCAGCAGCAGGCCAAGCUGCGGCUCAGCGCGCUGCACGCCGCCGCGCACCUGCCGCAGAUGCCGGGCGGAUACAACCUGAGCUCCGUGUCGCAGCCGUCCAGCUUCAAACACCCGUUCGCCAUCGAGAACAUCAUCGCCAGAGAGUACAAGAUGCCGGGCGGGCUGGCGGCAUUCUCCACCACCGGGUACCCGCUCCACAACCAGCUGACCCCGGCCUGGCCGCACAUGUACGGCUCCGGGAUGAUGGACACCGCGGCUCCUAUCUCCAUGGCCAGCGACUACUCGGCCUACGGCAUGCCGCUCAAAUCCAUUUGUCACGGCGGACAGACUCUGCCCGCCAUCCCGGUGCCCAUCAAACCCACGCCCGCCUCGGUGCCGGGGCUGCCCGGGCUGCCUGCGCACAUCCCGGCUUUCCUCGCGAACUCGCCCCAGUCUCUGAGCCCCACCUCCCCGCAGACAGCCACGGGACAGAGCAGCCCGGCCGCGCCCGGAGAGGCGCUGCCCUCGUCGGCCUCGCUGCAGUCCGCGGUGGCGGUGCACUGACGGGAACCUGGACUCUCUUGUGUUUU